AAUCCACAAACCCGGAAAAGCGUAGAGAGAAACAGGAAUCCCUUUUAAAUCCACGGGUCGCGAUUGGGCGCGCGCUCACACACCUCCUCGCCGACACCCGUCCAUCCAUCAGAACCCUGUACACAAAUAGACAGUGAACCCAGCAGGUGGUAGUCAAGCUAGUAGGUGAAAUUUUCCACUACGACCUGAUCAGUGACUUACAGUUGGCGCAGAGCUCGACCCGACAGCCGAGUUUCUGCUACGCUUCUGCUGCAAACUUACGCGCAUCUGAUCGCAGGACAGGCCUGAGCAACGAACCAGCUCGACCGAACCCGAACUACCGCUUCAAAACAGGCUUGAGCUCAUCUAAAGGAAGCUUUCUGUCAGCUUGAAGCAGUGAUGGACUUCCUUGCUGGCUGUUUAGGAGGUGCUGCUGGGGUGCUUGUCGGACAUCCUUUCGACACAGUUAAGGUUCGACUUCAGGUCCAGAGUGUGGAUAAACCCCUUUACCGAGGAACUUAUCACUGUUUCCAGUCCAUCAUCCGUCAGGAGUCAAUGUUUGGCCUUUAUAAAGGCAUUGGUUCCCCCAUGAUGGGCCUGACGUUCAUCAACGCCAUCGUCUUCGGCGUUCAGGGCAACACCAUGCGCAUGCUGGGCGAAGAUACGCCCCUGAACCAGUUCCUGGCCGGAGCGGCGGCCGGCGCCAUCCAGUGUGUGAUCUGCUGCCCGAUGGAGCUGGCCAAGACCCGCAUGCAGAUGCAGGGAACGGGCGAGAAGAAGUCGUCCUCUCGGAAGGUCUACAAAAACUCGCUGGACUGCCUGGCGCGCAUCUACCAGCGCGAGGGCGUGCGCGGCGUCAACCGCGGCAUGGUCACGACUCUGAUCCGAGAGACGCCGGGCUUCGGCGUUUACUUCCUCGCGUACGACCUCCUGACGCGCUCGCUGGGCUGCGAGCCGGAGGACCCGUACAUGAUUCCCAAGCUGCUGUUCGCCGGCGGCAUGUCGGGAAUCGCCUCCUGGCUUUCCACGUACCCCGUGGACGUGAUAAAGUCUCGGCUGCAGGCCGACGGAGUGGGCGGAAAGUACCAGUACAGCAGCAUCAUGGACUGCACCAGGAAGAGCAUCCAGCGCGAAGGCUGGCGAGUUUUCACGCGCGGACUUACUUCCACUCUCCUCCGGGCUUUUCCGGUCAACGCCGCCACGUUCGCUACGGUCACCCUCUUCCUUUUGUACGUACGCUCGGACGAAGCUCCUAAAGAUUGCGAAACGGCUCCUCAUCACGCGCCGUUGCAGCAACAAGCACAGCCGUCCAGCCUGUGAGUAACCUCGUCUUUGACUUAGUAUAGCACUUCCCGAAUUAUGUUACUAAUCAAACAGUUGCUGUGCAGUGAGCACAUCUGGAAUUGCACAACUUUUCUUUCUGUACAAUGACUUGCAUUUGUAAAUAUAUUUUUUUAUAUUCAAUGGUCAAGCGCGUUCCCUGUUUCUGCCUUACAAGAACAGCUGAAAGUAAGAAUCCGACGUAUGAAAGUAAGAAUUUGCAUGUUGAUGUAUUCAGCAGCUGUUACUGUUGGCUUCCUUGGUUUUUACUUGGCAGAACUGGCUUUGAAGUUGCAAAUUGUUGCUACACUGAAGAGAAACUAGUGUCUAAACAAAUCCUACCAAACCCUAUUUAUUACAAUCAUCAACUUUAUUCUGGCCAUUCUUUAAAAGCAAGGCUGUAAUGUGUAGACAUAUACUCUUUAUAGGUCAUUUUGGUCCACUGAAAAGUAUUUUUGUCAACUUUCAUCUCAUUGUACUCUCAACCCCACCUAGACAUUGACAAAUGGGUCAUUCCGUGUCAACUCAACCAGAGGUCCUCGGCUCGAGACAAACAUAAAUAGCGAUAAAAUCCAAAAUAUUAAACAACACAGAUGUAUAUUUACUGAGUAAUCCACUAUUCUGUAGAGGGGGGUCAAAAUGACCAUUUUCACCUGAGAUUUGGAGCA